AUGGGUGAACAGAAUAAGUUAGUAUUAGCUCUGAUGAUAGUGGCAGCUGUAAUGUUUGCUGUAACGUUAGCAGUUUACGGUGUUAACGCUCUGGAUACCCCAAUAUUUGAAAGACAAGUUGGUGCUACAUCUGACAUGUAUCCAACAGGAAUAUCUCCAUCGAGUUGGACUUUCAGUAUCUGGAGUGUCAUAUUCCUCUGGCAACCCCUUUGGCUGUUGUAUGCCUUCAUAAACAUCUGUAGGAGAACUGGUAACGGACCAGUAUAUGCCAACCCAGUAUUACUCACACCCGCCUUCUACUUCUGGUUUAUUUUAAGCUCGGUGGCAAUGAUAGCCUGGGUGUUUUUCUUCGACCGGCUUAUUUUCAUCGGAGCAUUUGUAUCGCUCUUCAGCAUCGUGUUCACAGUGUUUGCUGCGAUGUUCACUUCUUACAAACCCUUGGCAAUGUACGGAGGGAUAUUAAUCAAAGAAGGGAGAAGAGUAGAUAUUUGGUUACAUCGCAUCUUAGUCCAUAACGGCUUGGGGAUUUAUUUUGGUUGGACAUCAGUAGCUACCUUAAUAAAUAUGGUACAUGUAAUGGUUUAUGUCCCAGAAGAUCCCUUGGAGUUGGAAACAGCCGGUACAGUUGCAUUGGGUGUCCUGACUGGUGGUACUCUCCUUUACUUCGUCACCGAUAUUUUCUUCUUCGACAGAUAUUCGAGAUACACUAUUAUGCCUUACCUAGUCAUCUGUUGGGCUGUUUCGGGUAGCAUUGACAACCAUUGGAAUCCAGAGAAGACCAACUCUAUAUUCAGUGCAGUGAUCCUUGGACUGGCUGGAGCUAUAGCUGUUGUCAAAAUUAUUGUGACCUUGUACCGUCACUGCAAAUACCCUAUGUACAGAGACUACGUUGUUGAAUCAACCAUUGACAAAUAA